AUGAACACGCACCAGCCGACUUCCUCUGCCAUCCAGAGCGUCGAGUUUGGUUUUCUCUCUACUCAAGAUGUUCGCACGCUCUCGGUGAAGCGCAUCACCAACCCGACUACUUUUGAUUCACUGCUGCACCCUGUCGCUGGCGGGCUGCACGAUGCUGCGCUAGGCGCCUUCCUCGACAAUCCCUGCUCAACAUGCGGUCUCACAACCUUCAUGGGCUGCCCCGGCCAUUGCGGUCACAUCGAGCUUCCCGUGCCCGUCUACAACCUCACCUUCCUCGACCAGCUUCUGCGACUGCUUCGGGGCAAGUGCGUCUACUGCCACCAGCUCAAGCUGGCCCGUGUCACCGUCAACGAAUUCGUCUCAAGAUUGCGCCUAAUACGAUGUGGACUUGUGCAGGAAGCAAACGAGUUGCACGAGCACGUCAACGCUAGCAAGGGAAAAACGAAGCGCACCGCGCAGGAGUCGGACUCGGAGGACGAGAAUGAUGACAUCGUGUCUCAGCAGAACAACUACGUCAAGAAAUGCCUGAAGAAGGCUGGCAUCACGAGUCGCGACGUGCGGUCAAUCAAGGAGAAGAACGACGCCAUCUCCGAUGCGCGGCGACAGGUACUGAAGGAGUUUUACGCACAGGUCGCCUACGGCAAGAAGUGCAAGAACUGCCAGGGCAUAAACCCUACCUACCGAAAAGAUCGCGGUGUUAAGAUUUUCAGGAAGAAUCUCAGCGGCAAGGACAAGAUGGCCAUGGCACAGGCGGAGAAGCGCAUGACAAACCCUCUCGAUAUUCUUGCGAGACGGGAAGCCAAGGCAAGGAAGCAGCCAGUGCACGCCGACGAAGGCGUCGCCGAUCUUGACCCCGCGUCUGAGGAGGAUGAGGGUAUCGAUUUGGACGACGUGGACGACGGUUCAUUAGUAGCUACCGAGGCGCGCACUGGCAACAAGUCAAGAACAGCUGUCGAUCCGGCCGACGGCGCCCAGGAGUACAUGACCGCGGCAGAAGUCAGGGCGGCCAUGAUCUUGCUCUUCGAACAGGAAGCGGACAUGAUGCGACUCUUGUACAGUCCCUAUGCAUCAAAAUCACUGGUCAGCGUGACCGCGGACAUGUUCUUCACAGAGGCGGUUGUCGUGCCACCGAACAGAUACAGGCUCGAGGACAAGACUGGAGAUUCAAUUGCCGAAUCACCAAAGAACAGUCUCUACAAAGGCAUUCUCAAUGCUUGCGACGCGAUGCGACAAAUAAGCAAUGAGAUGAAGGGCCAGGAGAACGAAGCCGGGUACCGACGACGCAAUUUCGACGACUUGCAAACGCAAUGGGUGAACCUUCAAGGCGCAGUCAAUGCGCUCAUUGACAAGGAGGCAAAUCCUACACAAGGCCGAGCCGCCAUCACCAACGCCGAUGGUAUCAAACAGGUUCUCGAAAAGAAGGAGGGUUUGUUCCGAAAGAACAUGAUGGGCAAGCGUGUCAACUUCGCUGCUCGCAGUGUCAUUUCGCCGGAUCCUAACAUUGAAACCAACGAGAUCGGCGUUCCGCCUGUCUUCGCAAUCAAACUGACAUACCCUGAGCCUGUAACCAACCACAACUUUUACGACUUGAAAGAAGCUGUGCUCAAUGGUCCUGAUAAAUGGCCCGGUGCUGUCGCGAUUGAAAACGAGUCCGGUCAAGUUAUCGCGUUGCGUAAGAAGAACUACGAGGAGCGACUGGCUCUUGCAAACCAGCUGCUUGCGCCUUCAAAUUCGUACGGGAAUGGAUCGAAGAACAAAAAGGUCCAUCGUCAUUUGAACAACGGCGACGUGGUCAUCAUGAACCGUCAACCGACACUGCACAAGCCGUCCAUGAUGGCGCACAGAGCUCGUGUUUUGCCAGGCGAGAAGACCAUUCGCAUGCACUACGCCAACUGCAACACCUACAAUGCUGAUUUCGACGGUGACGAGAUGAACAUGCAUUUUCCACAGAACGAGCUCGCUCGCGCAGAAGCCAUGACCGUCGCGGACACCGACCACCAAUAUCUCUCUGCGACUGCAGGCAAGCCUUUGCGUGGAUUGAUUCAGGACCAUAUUUCCAUGGGAGUCUGGAUCACGAACAAAGAUACAUUUUUCACACGCGAAGAGUACCACCAAUUGUUGUACUCGUGCUUACGGCCUGAGGAUGGGCACACGACAUCUGGACGACUCGAGACUGUGGAUCCUGCCAUCUGGAAGCCUGUGCCCCUAUGGACCGGAAAACAGAUCUUCACCACCGUGCUGAAGAACGUCAAACCCGCGGAAUACCAAGACUUGACAAUGACAUUACUCGGACCUGCCGGAGGUGGCUUCAUUAACGGUGUCUACGAAGCGUACGGCGAGACGAUAGCUGGACGAGUCCUCAGUAUCAUUGGUCGACUACUCACGAAGCUGCUCCACAUGCGUGCAUUUUCUUGUGGCGUAGAAGAUCUCAUCCUUACAGAGGAAGGUGACAGGGCCCGUAUUGAGGAGUUGAGCAAGGCACAAACAUCCGGGUUCAAAGUGGCGACGGAGUAUGUGACCCUGGAUGCCAGCAAGAUUGACCCUAUGAAUCCUGAGCUUAGGCGACGAAUGGAGGAUGUUCUGCGCGACGAUGAGAAGCAACGCGGCCUCGACAUGCUCACCACCACGGCCAACAGUCAAAUAUCUGCAGCGGUCACUACGGCCUGUCUUCCUGGACAACUAAUCAAGCCCUUCCCGAAGAAUCAAAUGCAGGCCAUGACGGGCUCUGGGGCCAAGGGUAGUUUGGUCAACGCCAACCAGAUCUCAUGUAAUCUUGGUCAGCAGGUUCUUGAAGGUCGACGUGUCCCUGUCAUGGUCAGUGGCAAGACGCUGCCAUGCUUCAAGCCAUUUGAAACAAGCGUACGAGCUGGAGGAUACAUUGUCAACCGCUUCUUGACUGGAAUUCGGCCACAGGAGUACUACUUCCAUAUGAUGGCUGGUCGUGAAGGUCUUAUUGAUACUGCCGUCAAGACAUCGCGCUCUGGAUACCUACAACGAUGUAUUAUCAAGGGCAUGGAGGGGCUACACGUCGAAUACGAUACCUCGGUGCGUGACUCAGACGGAAGCAUGGUCCAGUUCCUUUACGGUGAAGACGGUCUCGAUAUCACGAAGCAGAAAUACCUCAACGACUUCAAGUUCCAGGCAGAGAACUUCUUGUCUCUAGCUCAGACAUUGCAGACGCAGGCAGCGUUCGGGCGUGUCUGGAGCCCUGAGGCUACCGAGCACAACAAGAAGGCUUCGAAGAAGGCUCGCAAGGGCGACAUUACAUCAAUGGAUCCUGCUCUCGCACUAUACGAACCAUCUCGACACAGCGGUAGUACUUCGGAGAAGUUCUACCAGGCGAAGAGGGAGUACACCGAGAAGAACCCAGAUAAGCUUCUGAAGCACAAGAAGAAGGAUCCUGAAGGCGAGAUUCUCAAGAAGAGUUUCGAGCAAAUGCUUGAUCUCAAAUACCUCCGAUCUUUGGUGGAGCCUGGUGAGGCCGUCGGCGUGGUUGCGGGACAGUCCAUCGGCGAACCUUCGACACAAAUGACAUUGAACACCUUCCAUUUGGCCGGUCACGCCGCAAAGAAUGUCACGCUUGGUAUCCCACGUCUCCGAGAAAUCGUUAUGACAGCUAGUGCAAAGAUAUCGACACCUGGUAUGCAACUCUACCCACAUAAAGAGCUCUCGGAAGAGGACAACAAGAAAUUUGCGAAGAGUAUUACCAGACUGCCACUUGCGGAUGUGCUGGACAAGGUGACCGUGACCGAGUCGACCGGCCAAGGCACCCAGUACAGCCAGGCCAGAAUCUACAAGGUCCGACUAGAUUUCUACCCAGCCAAGGAGUACACCCAAGAGUACGCCAUCAAGGUUCGCGAUGUGGCAGAAUCGAUCGAGCAGAAGUUCUGUCCGCGUCUGCAGAAGGCCAUCCGGGCCGAUCUCAAGAAGAAGGGCGAGAAUACAUCGCUCUCGACUGCUAAGGCCUCGGGCGCUGUACCGAACGUUGGUCAGUCCAACCGUAAUAUUGAGCAGCAGACCGCCCAGGAAGUCGAUGAUGCAACUGCCGCCGACAAGGAGGGUGGUCCUGAGGACGACGACAGCGACGAUGGUGAAGGCGAGGGUGACGUAACACACACCAAGCAGCGCGGUCGCCGUGAAGACAGUGUAGGCUACGAAGAUCCUGAGGAGGAGGAACAAGCUAUGAACGAUGCCCUCGACCGUGUUGAGGCCCCUUCGGACGACGAGACAUAUGGCGGCUCUCCUAAACCGUCUCGCAAUUCCACGCCUGAACUAGAUUCGGACGACGAUGAUGACGAACGCCUUCUCGUUCCCACCGACGAAGCCUCCGACGUCCGUAAGGACCGCAUUACGGGUAAAAAUACCGACGUCUCCGACUUCGUCUUCGAUGACAAGAAGGGCGCGUUCUGCGAAAUCACAUUCGAGUUCAGCUCUUCGGCAGCCAAACUGCUCAUGCUCAACCACGUCGAGGCCGCCGCAUCUUUUGCUACCAUCCACGUGAUCCCUGGUAUCACAUCAGCAAUGUACUCAGCAGCAGCCAAAGGCGAGGAAGCCGCCAUCAUCACCGCAGGCUCCAACCUUCUCGCCAUGCGCGAAUACAGCCACAUCAUCGACGUGAACCGCAUCUUCACCAACGACAUUGUCGGCAUGCUGCAGUUGUACGGCGUGGAAGCAUGUCGCGCAACUAUCGUGAGGGAAAUGCACGCCGUCUUCUCGGGUCACGGUAUCAGCGUCGACCUGCGCCAUCUCAACUUGAUCGCCGACACGAUGACCAAGGGCGGAGGCUUCACGCCUUUCAACCGCAUCGGUCUCAAGACCAACGUCUCUCCUUUCUCGAAGAUGAGCUUCGAAACCACAGUUGGCUUCUUGAAAGACGCGGUGCUCGAGCGCGAUUGGGACGACUUGUCGAACCCAAGCGCGAGGAUCGUGGUCGGAAGGUUGGGCAAGUUGGGUACCGGCGCUUUCGACGUACUUGCACCAGUGAACGUCAUUGACCCGUUGAAGACGGAAGCUGAUGAGAUUAACGAUGUGAUAAACGGCGUGGAAGAUGACGUUGAAAUGGAGGAUGCGGAAUAG